AUGGGCUCCUCGCGGGCACCCCAGAUGGGGCGUGUGGGAGGGCAAGGAAUGAUGGCAUUGCUGCUGGCUGGUCUCCUCCUGCCAGGGACCUUGGCUAAGAGCAUCGGGACCUUCUCAGACCCCUGCAAGGACUUGCGUAUCACCUCCCCCAAUGACCCCUGUCUCAUUGGGAAGAGUGGUUCCAGUAGCUUCAGUGGCCACAGUGGCUCCAGCAGCUCCAGCAGUUCCAUUUCCGGUUCCAGUGGCUCCAGUGGCAGCUCUGGUGGUGGCCCCAGUGGUUCUGGUGUUUCCAGUGGUGGCUCCAGCGGAUCCAGUGUCGCCCAGGGUGGUUCUUCAGGAUCUUCGUUAUUUAAGCCAGGAACAGGGUAUUCCCAGAUCAGCUACUCCUCAGGAUCCAGCUCCUCCCAGUCGGGAAGCAGCUCCUCCCAAUCAGGAAGCAGCAGCAGCUCCUCCCAGUCGGGAAGCGGCAGUUCCCAGCCAGGGUCUGGCUCAGCUCUACCAAUCAGUGGUGAUUCUUCCCGCUUACUAAUAAGCUCUUCCCAGUCUGGAGAAGGCUCAAGCUCAUCUGUUUCCCAAACUUCCUGGAUAUCCAGUAGCGGUGGCGAAAGAGUCAACUCUAACUUACGCCCUUGUAGUUCAGAUGUCUCCGACUCUCCCUGCAGUGGGGGGCCCAUCGUCUCACACUCAGGCUCCUACAUCUCCAGCUCCCACUCCGUGUCAGGGGGUCAAAGGCCAGUGGUGGUGGUGGUGGAGCAGCAUGGCUCUGGUGGCCCUGGAUUGGCUCAAGGUUCCCCCUGUAGCAGUGGUGGCCUUCCAGGCAAGCCCUGCCCCCCUAUCACCUCUGUAGACAAAUCCUAUGGCAGCUAUGAGGUGGUGGGUGGCUCCUCUGACAGUUAUCUGGUCCCAGGCAUGACGUACAGUGGGGGCAAAAUCUACCCUGUGGGCUACUUCACCAAAGAUAAUCCUGUCAAAGGCUCUCCAGGGGUCCCCUCCUUUGCAGCUGGGCCCCCCAUCUCUGAGGGCAAAUACUUCUCCAGCAAUCCCAUCAUCCCCAGCCACAGCUCUUCUAGUUCCAACAUCUACCCAUCAGGAGCUUCCUCGGCUAUUGUGUUCCAGCCAGUGGGCUCUGGUGGGGUUCAGCCUUGUGGUGUUGGCUCUAAGGGGCCCUGCUCCCUCUCCAGUUCUGGAGUCCACAGCAGUUCUAGCGUUUCCAGCAGUUCAUCCUUCCAUCCCUGUGGCGGUGUUUCACAGGGGCCCUGCUCCCCACCAGGCACUGGCUCCUUUAGUGGCAGCUCCAGCUCCCAAUCCAGUGGCAAAAUCAUCCUUCAUCCCUGUGGCAACAAGUCCAGCUCUUCUGGUCACCCUUGCAUUUCUGUCUCCUCCUCAACAUUGAGUGGGGGUCCCGAUGGUUCUCCCCAACCUGAUCCUUCAGCUGGUGCCAAGCCCUGUGGCUCCAGCAGCUCUGGAAAGAUCCCCUGCCGAUCCAUCCGGGACAUCCUGGCCCAAGUGAAGCCUCUGGGACCCCAGCUAGCUGACCCUGAAGUUUUCUUACCCCAAGGAGAGGUACUUGACAGUCCAUAA